AUGGAGAUCCAAUUGCCUGAAGUGCCGAUGGUGCGAAUCUUCUCCUUCCUGGACGCGUUCAGCUUGCUACAGGCUUCCCAAGUGAACAAGUACUGGAAUAAGGUUGCAGAGAGUGAUUACCUGUGGAGAAAGCUGUGUCUGGAGAGAUGGAGCUUCUGCAACUUCGCUUAUCCGUGUCAGGGUAAGCAGACAUGGAAGCAAUUAUUCCUGCAUCAAGUAAAGCAGGAGCAUCUCAUGGAAUCGGCACAGCCAGAUGACUUUAUCUACAAAGAAGCAACUGGGAACCUUGGAACCUUUGGGCCUUUGGCUUAUCUCUCAGGAAGUGGCCUCACAACGGGUGGACAAGAGAAGUCGAUUGUUUGUGCUGCGUCUUCAUGGCGUGUGCUUUAUGCCUGGGAUGUGCAAGAGGGCAUUAUGAUCUGGUCAAGCCCAGUCCAGCAGUCCAGGAUCAAUGAGCUGGUGACCUUCCCUCAGAUGCAUCUUGCAAUCACUGUGGACAUGAAGGGAACUAUCAAAGUGUGGAAUUGUCAGGAUGGGGAUGCUGUAGCUGCUCUCACCAUGCCUCGGGCCUGUUUUUCCUUGGAAGCCUGUCUCACAAAGGAUGGCCCAUUCGUGAUGGUGGGUGAUUCUGAAGGUGACAUCUACACAUUGACAGUACCUCAGUUAAAGGAUAUUUCUAAAGUUAAUGCAUUUAAAUAUAGUGUUGAUCUUCUACACUGCUCUCCUGACAAGAAAUGGGUCUUUGCUUCUGGGAGACAUCAACAUAUCUUGCCAAAGGUAUUUUUCACAGAGUGCUUACUGAGACCUUCAGAGGAUAGCACUCCUCUGUCUGUCUCCCUACCAUUUGCACCAUGCUGCAGAGCCUGCUGGAACCCAAGGAUGAAAAACAGGAUAACACUCAUGUUCCGAAGAGGCUCUAGCAAAAACACAGGAUUUACCACCUUUGAUCUAACAACUGAGAGGACUGGGGGUAAAACAGUCAUCCGAGAAUAUCAGAUCGCAAGUUUCCUGUUGCCGGUUCAAAUUGAGAGUCCAUUAUGGAUGGGAGUCGGUGAAGGAAAUAUGAUUGUCUUUGUGAGUGGGCCAUACCUGUUUCUCUUCAACAUCAAUGGCUUCCUCCUGCAACGAUUUGAGGACCACCAGGUAGCCAUCAACAGCUUAUGGGUGGAUUCUAUCCGUGUCCUCACCGCAUCCCGAGAUCUCUCUUUGCAUGUGUACAUGUGGGAGGAGGGAGGCCGUUAUCCAUACCUCAAGAGCUGCUGUCACCUGGAACACACGGGGACUGAUCAGAAUCCAGUCUGGUAA